AUGUCGGGCAACGUAGCGCUCAUCGAGCGCAUAUCGGCUUUCGUGGCCAAACACAUGGCAGGCCACGACCCCUCUCACAACGCCCGCCAUGUCUCCCGCGUAGUCAGGCUCGCCCAGACGAUCCUCGCAAAAGAAAAGACUCGCAACCCCUCUAUUACGUAUGACGAAACGGUGGUCACUCUCGCGGCCUGGAUGCAUGAUAUUGCCGAUAGAAAAUAUCUCCCUAAACCAACCGACGGGGGUUCACAGAUGGAAACUAAUAAGCACAAGAUUAACCCCGACACUAUCAUAUAUGAUACCCUGGUAUCCCACCAUGCAGACCCAAGCAUGGCACAGAGAGUUCAGACCAUAGUGUCGAACGUCUCCUAUUCAACCGAGAUAAAAGACCCUAGUGUUGUUCAGCGCCUGAUCAGUCCUGAAGGCGGAUAUCCUGAACUCGCCAUCGUGCAGGAUGCAGACCGUCUAGACGCCAUUGGCGCAGUUGGGAUAGCAAGAUGUUUCACGUUUCUUGGAGCCAAGUCCAAGGGUGCUGGCAAGGAUGGCGGCAAGGAACCGGACUUGGACGAUGCGAUAGAGCAUUUUGAAGAGAAGUUGGUGAAGCUGGAAGGGAUGAUGAAGACGGCUACUGGGCGGGAGAUGGCGAGAGAGAGGGCAUUUAGAAUCAAGGAGUUUCAGCGUUGGUGGGCUGACGAGACGGAUGGGGUUUGA